UCCAGAGGGGAGUUUAUUGAGCUGAAGUGUGCAGUUUAGUCUGGACAUUUAUAUUUAUCUUUUAUUCAUCUAUAUUUUUCUAUAUUUUGUAAAUGUUUGCACUGGAAAACCCGCACUUUAAUUUAUUGUGUUAAAUGAAACAGUCGCGUUAUCUUCACUGCCAUAUACGAUCUUUGUUUUGUAGUCAAAGGAACUUUCUGGACUCGAUCUGUCUCACCUGAUCGGAAGUCAGAUGACCAUGGUUUUGAAAAAAUAAAUAAAAUACAAUAAAAUAAAGCUUUGCGGAGCAAACACGGCGCUCGUCUGUGUAAUCUUCCCCACACGUAAAAUUAGGAAAAAAUUAAAAAUCAGACGUAUAUUAAAAGAAUGGUGUAACAAAAUAAAAGGGCUGUCUAUUAAUAAAAAUUCGUUUUUAAUCAACAUAGGAGGACGCUGAGGUUUAUGGAUCCACACGGUCACACACAGAACACGGACUCUAUUAUCUUGAUUUUAAGUGAGCGUGAAAAUAAAAGUAGACUUAUUUUUUGUGACCUUGCAUUUUAUUUUGAAGGAGACACACGAAGUGGCCCCGCGCGUGCCGACAGCGUUAACUUGACUACGGUGGCCGCUUCUCGAUGACAGACUAAAGGCUCCGCGCUGGGAUUUCACGGAAGAUGCUGAAGAAACGGGGGCAGUUGCAAAAGACGGUUCUCUGGAGGAAGACGAGAGCAAGUGAGAGUGGAGUCACACCCAUUUAAACUGAUUUCCGCUGAAGACCUGUCAGACAGCUUUGUCGUCUGUGUGUCUUCAAACUUGUGGCUGUGAAAAUGGUCCUUCUAUGAGAAAUACCUCAAAUGCAGCGCUGCUGGACUGGAAAGACAAGUGUGUGAAGCUUUCCGACAGACAACCCUCCAGUGAAGAUGAGACCAUGGUCCCAGUACUAACCUCCAGAAAAGCCAGUGAACUCCCUGUCAACGAAGUAGCGUGUAUCCUGCAGGCUGACCUGCAGCAGGGUUUGACCCAGGAGGAGGUGAGGAGGAGGAGGGCGUACCACGGCUGGAACGAGUUUGACAUCAGUGAAGACGAGCCGCUAUGGAAGAAAUACAUCUCACAGUUCAAAGAUCCUCUGAUCCUGCUGCUGCUGGCGUCGGCCGUCAUCAGUAUCCUCAUGCACCAGUUUGAUGACGCCAUCAGCAUCACUGUGGCCAUCAUCAUCGUCGUGACGGUUGCCUUUGUCCAGGAGUACCGCUCAGAGAAGUCUCUAGAAGAGCUUGGGAAGUUGGUUCCUCCAGAAUGUCACUCUAUCAGGGAGGGACAGCUGGUGCACAUGUUGGCGAGGGAGCUGGUCCCCGGAGACACCGUCUGUCUGUCAGUGGGAGAGAGAGUCCCAGCAGACCUCCGCCUCUACGAGUCCACCGAUUUGUCUGUGGACGAGUCCAGUCUGACUGGAGAGACCACGCCCUCCUCCAAGUCUACCUCACACCAGCAGCUGGCGUCCAACGGAGACAUCGCCUCCCGCAGCAACAUCGCCUUCAUGGGGACGUUGGUGCGCUGCGGUAAAGCCAAGGGCAUCGUCAUAGGAACCGGAGAGAGCUCCGAGUUUGGUGAGGUGUUCAAGAUGAUGCAGGCAGAAGAGGCUCCAAAGACUCCUCUGCAGAAGAGCAUGGACCUGCUAGGGAAACAGCUCUCGCUCUAUUCGUUUGGCAUCAUAGGCGUCAUCAUGCUGGUGGGUUGGCUCCAGGGGAAGAGUACCCUCGAUAUGUUCACCAUCGGUGUCAGUCUGGCGGUCGCUGCCAUCCCAGAGGGUUUGCCCAUCGUGGUAACGGUGACGCUGGCGCUCGGUGUGAUGCGAAUGGUGAAGAAAAGAGCCAUCGUUAAGAAGCUGCCCAUCGUGGAAACUCUGGGCUGCUGUAAUGUGAUCUGCUCGGACAAGACGGGAACGCUGACCAAGAACGAGAUGACGGUCACUCAGCUGUUCACAUCAGACGGACUCCACGCUGAGGUGACGGGCGUCGGCUACAACAGAGAAGGAGACGUUUUAGUGGACGGCGAGGUCAUCCACGGUUUCUCCUGCCCUUCUAUAACCAGGAUUGUGGAGGUCGGCUGUGUGUGCAACGACUCCAUGAUUAAGAAUCACAACCUGCUGGGGCGACCAACAGAGGGCGCUCUCAUUGCUCUCGCCAUGAAGAUGGGUCUGGAGAACCUGCAGCAGGACUACGUCCGUCUGGAGGAGCAUCCGUUCACGUCGGAGCAGAAGUGGAUGGCUGUGCGCUGUGCUCAUCGCAGUCAGCAGAACACGAGCGUUUACUUCAUGAAGGGCGCGUACGAGCGCGUGAUUUCCUUCUGCAGCUCCUACAACAGCAGAGGAACCACACUUCCUCUCACACACCAGCAGAGGGAGCUGUACCAGCAGCAGAUCAGCUACAUGGGCACUGCCGGACUCAGAGUGCUGGCGUUCGCCUCAGGGUCAGAAGUGGGCAACCUGACCUUCCUGGGUCUGGUGGGCAUCAUCGACCCGCCCAGGUCAGGGGUCAAAGAGGCCGUGGCUGCGCUCAUCAGUUCUGGCGUCGCCAUCAAGAUGAUCACAGGAGACUCGCAGGAGACGGCCGUAUCUAUAGCGAGUCGUCUGGGUAUUUACUCCAAAGGUUGUCAGUCUUUGUCUGGAGAAGAAGUCGAUCAGCUGGACCUGCAGCAGCUGUGCAACAUAGUCUCCAGAAUUUCCGUGUUUUAUCGAGCGAGUCCCAGACACAAGCUGAAGAUCGUCAAGUCGCUGCAGAACAUUGGCGCUGUGGUGGCCAUGACGGGCGACGGCGUGAAUGACGCCGUCGCCCUGAAGGCGGCCGACAUCGGCGUGGCCAUGGGACGAACGGGCACCGACGUCUGCAAAGAGGCGGCCGACAUGAUCCUGGUGGACGACGACUUCCAGACUAUCAUGUCGGCUAUCGAGGAGGGAAAAGGAAUUUAUAACAAUAUCAAGAACUUUGUGCGUUUCCAGCUGAGCACGAGCAUCGCAGCGCUGACGCUCAUCUCCUUGGCAACGCUGAUGAACUUCCCUAACCCUCUGAACGCGAUGCAGAUCCUGUGGAUCAACAUCAUCAUGGACGGACCUCCAGCUCAGAGUCUGGGGGUGGAGCCUGUGGACCAGGAAGUGAUAAAGAAACCUCCUCGUAACGUCAGAGACAGCAUCAUCACUCGCAGCCUGAUCAUCAAAGUGCUGGUGUCAGCGUUUAUCAUCGUCUGUGGGACUCUGUUCGUCUUCUGGAGAGAGUUGCGGGACAACGUAAUCACUCCUCGUGACACGACCAUGACGUUUACGUGCUUCGUCUUCUUCGACAUGUUCAACGCUCUGAGUUCACGUUCACAGACUCGUAUGGUUCAUGAGAUGGGUCUGUGCAGUAACAGGACGUUCUGUUUCGCCGUGCUGGCGUCCAUCAUGGGACAGCUGCUCGUCAUCUACUUCCCUCCUCUGCAGAGCGUCUUCCAGACAGAGAGCCUCAGCGUCUUCGACCUGCUGUUCCUGGUGAGCCUCACCUCAUCUGUGUGUGUGGUGUCUGAAGUCAUCAAGAAGGUGGAGAGGUUGAGGUCCGCCCCCAGAACUCCGCAUACGGACAUCUUCCAUGAAGUAUGACCCCGCCCACGCCACUGUCUGGACCUGAAGGCGACGAGGAGGAGGAAGCAGCUGCAGGUGAAGGGUUUUAGAAUCCCAGAGACUUUGUUUGUUUUGUUUUUUUUCAGGUGGGCGGAGACUCUCCGGUCUGGGACUGGAGGGCGCGCUCAUCCUGAAGGGGGGAAGAGCAUUGUGAAAGACGGCCUACUGGACUGUAAAAUGGCCUGCGGGUGUUCUGACCCUGACUGUGUGUUUAUAACAGAACGACGUCCAGCUCUCGCCUCCUCUGACUCGCUCUGCUGGUGUUUUCCUGCUGUCACAUGACUUGUCACAUGACUCGUCACAUACGACGGACCUGAAGGAGAAAAAACCUCGGUGUCGCAUGUUCGACACGUUUGUGUUCUUUAUUUAAACGGCUCAUGUAGAAAAGUGCGACCGCGUCACAUUCACCGGACGACUGGUCGAGCUUGUGUGUGUGUUUGUGUAUGUAGGUUUUCCGACGCGGUGGAGGUGUGGAGGUACAACACUAACGGGUCAGGGUUCCAUUCCUGAGCCUCGUGACCAGCGAGGAAACAAAUAACAAACACAUUGAAGUUUUCGUUUUAUUUUCCUCUAAACGUUAAAAUUCUCGAUUCAUGUAUGGGGAAAAAGACAUUCCGCGCAUUUAAAGCUUUAAUUUUCAUGUUUCUAUACAACUUUAUUUUUCUUCAGUGUCUCAAAUAAACAAAUUAUUUUUCUAUAAAGCACUUUUUAUCCAACUACUGAGAAAAAAAAAGAAAACUAUAUCCGGAAAAAACCCAGAAUUAAAACAAAUCUUUAUUUAUUCGUAAUGAAAAGCAGCAAAUCGUACAGAAUACUGUUUCUUAUAUUUAAUAAUUCUGUAGAUUUGUAUGGAUGUAAUGAAUCUAAUAAUGUUCGGAUGAUAAAGAUAAACAAACAAAAACAUGAUGCGUAACUGUCCAAUCAAAGACUUCCUGUCAAGACCAUGUGACGUGAGACAAAAGUGUUUAUAACUGAUUGUACGACAUAAAUAAGGUGUAUUAAAUACCUUUAUUCACAAAUGAAUGAAUCAAAUGACUUUGUUCUGAAUUCAUUCUUUGACAUUUUUAACGGAAACACGAGUGAAAUGAUCCAUUUUAAAUGUUUAAAAUGACGUUAAAAUGCUUCAUAAAUACAAAUUUUGAAACUAAAUCAAGGAAUUUGAAAACUUUGGCAUUUUUUUAAAGAGGAAAAACUAUUUUCUCAGAAAUAAGGCCUGAAAUAUGCUGAGUCAUCCCACCAACACUAGCUAAAACCACUAAAAACUGCGAUUCGUUUUUGUUUCUCCUCACACUCCGCGUCGCAAACGUGUCGUAAAAAAACAAUGUUUUUCUGAGGGUUUACUGAUACGAAUUAGUCAAAGGUUGCUUACAAACAGAAGUCGCUCACUUUUUAUACAAUUACAACUCUUUAAAAGAAAAAAAAAAAGGAAUAAAACAUUAUUAUCGCAAUAAUAUUAUGAGUUGCUUUUUUGGUGGGGUUAGCUAGCCGGUGUUAGCUGACCGAAGUAGGCUGGCUUUAGCUAAUGUUAGCAGAUGUUGGCUGGCAUUAGUUGGUGUUAGCCAGUGUUAGCUCGUAUAAGCUGAUGUUAGCAGAUGUUGGCUGGUAUUAGCUGAUGUUAACCGUAGUUUUUUUUUUAAGUAAACCUUUAAAUCUGCAUCUCUGUGACCUUUCUGGACAUGGGGCGGGGCCUUGUGUCCCAAUGAGGGGGGGGGGGGCGUGUCCUGACCUCGAUACACAACAGGGACCUAAACACACGAUGAAAUGACGCGUACAAGACGGUUGAAGGUGAAUAAACAAACGUACCACCACACCUCCACGUGUAUGUUUCCGAUCUUUAUGUUUCCGAUCCAUACGUUAACGUCUUUUUUUCUAUGCAUUCAAUUUGAAUAAUCGUCACUGCGGCUGUUUUUUUUUUUUGUCGGAUGAAGAAAAAUAAACGUUUAUACAUCUUGUCGAUUUUCUGACUCAAAUAAAAAAAAAGCUGCAUUGUUAACAGAACGGCGCCGCCCUGGUGGUAGCAUGCUGCAAACACAAGCACAGCAGUUACCGCCGUCUCAUCCUGUGCCUUAGAGAAGUUGUUUGAUUUGUCAUCACCUCAGGAGGAGGAAGCUCUUUACAAACUCUUUACAAAGUAAGUUUAUUAUUAUUUUGGGUGAAAAUCUUUACUUUUUUUUUAUAUACCUUUGAUCACUGCCGGGGUGCUGCGGUGCUUUCUGGGAAAUAUAUUUAAUUUGCCAUCCUAUAAAAUCAGGUUAUUUCUUUGUCAUUUAUUUCCAAAAGGCUCAUUUAGAUCAAAAAAACUUUUAAUCUGCUGUUGUUUCAGUCAUUAAAUCUUUUGCUUUUUACAGCCAUUAAUGUUCCAAACGACUGUAAAAUACGUGAAUAAAUAUUCAGCAGAUAUAACAUAUUACUAUUAUUAUAUUAUGAAGUCAUCGAUGUUUGAAAUUUCACAUUUUAUUCUCUGAUCAAUCGAUCGACUUUUGGCGGUAAACAAAGAAUUAAUGGCAUCGCAGUUUAAACCUCCACCUUUUAAAUGAAAAAUGUCCGUUAAUUACAGACUGCUGUCGUCAGAAGUCGAAAUUUCCCAGUUCCAAGAUGGCUGCCAUCGUACAAACACGGCUAAUGUUACUGUUCAAUUCUCUUCUGUCUUAUUUACAUCCGGAGAGCUGUAGCUACAAUGUUUGUGAGCAUAAAAUGAUCAUAUACAGCGUCAUAAUCUUCUGGGGUUUUUUUUCCGACUUUUCUCUGGAACAUGGUGAACUCGGAAGUGACGUCACAACCAGUUCCGACCUCCGACUCGAGCGAAAGAAGAAACUGUUCAUCAAAUAAAAAACACAUUUUUUGUUUCCCCUCUGCUUUCACUGCUGUUCUUUUGUUUUUGUUAGUUUUUUCUGUGACGAUCUGCUGCUGUCACUCUGACUCCCUCUGUGUUUUAUUUAUUGUCUAUGUGGCCGGAAAUCUAAUGUAUAUUAAAAACAUUUUAUAAAUCUUUUAAA